GUAAACAAAUUGGUAAAUCCGAAACCUGUCUGACCUUGACAGUCCUUUUGUUAACAUAAGCGUUUUCCAGAUUCCUGCGUAAUGUGUUUACCAAUGUUGUAUCUGGAGUAUAAUGGAAGGAUAAAGUUCUUAAGUUUAUUUAGUUUUAUAUUUUUGAUUCGAAUUAUCUGAAGCGAAGUUAUUAAAUCUGCUCAAUUUUGUUUAGUUUUGUCAACUGAGCGAUAUAGUGGAGUUAGGUAAAUGAUUGCUUAGCAAAUGGAAAAUGCAACCAGGUAGAUGAAAUUUAGGGCAGAUUUUCUGAUGUCACUAUGAUUUUCAUCGUGUUAAAUCUGUGUUUUCACAUCUUUCGUUGAGAAAUUAAGGUAAGGACGAACGUUGAGGACUUUCAAAAUAUCUCUUAGAAACGCCAGAUUCUGUCCAGUUUAUCAAAAAACAAUAAGAAUCAGUGAAAAAUUCAUAUCGCUUCGUUGAUUAAUUUUUGACAUACAUAUUAUUUUCUCAUCAUUGAUGCACUUCUCAUGAAUGUUCGUACGUGUUCUCCUGCGUCCAAAUAGCAUUCGAUAGGGUUAGAGUUGAUGAUAUAGUUUUAUUAGACAUAGAGCGUAGGAGUACGAUAUAUGAUCUAACGAUAAUACCUAUCUUACCUUUUAGUCCCGAUUCCAAGCUCUUAUUGCUUAAACAUUAACUCUCAAUUCUCAUCCCUAAGUCUUAAUUUUAACCGUGAAUUUGUCAUAAUUGCAUUGCUGAAGCGUUAGUAUAUAGUGCUACCAAAACAAACAAAUGAUUGACUGGGGGAUUUAUUAAACAUGUUUCAAUAUCUUCCAUAAAGUAGUUAUUUUAGUCACUAAUUGUAUCUUAUUCUGCAGUUAAUAGGUUAUCUGUGUGAAUGUACUUCUAUUUUUAACCACUAUAUAAAAAGCACACGCGUUAAGUUCGUGCGUUUCCGUCCCACAAUACUUCAUUUUCUGAUGAUGAUAAAGCGUGAUAUUACCCCUAUGAUUUUAUAAAGGCUGCACCCAAGUUUCAUAAGAAUAACCAAAUCCAUGUACCGGGCCCUAAUACAUCUGUAAGUGCUAGCACCUUUACGUGGUUACCCAGACCGAAUUAUGUGCAGCUGGGUUGAUUGAAACUCUGAUUAUUUGGUUGAUGCGGUACAACCUCUGUAACUAUAGUACUUAAGAAUCCCAUGAUUAUAUUCCAAACGAGUUACAUAUUAAUUACCCUAUAACCUUUUACUUAAGUUGGAAAGGUUUUAACUUUGAGACCUUUGUUUUUUUUUCAGGUUGUCGCACAACUGUUGCUUUAGGUUGUGCAAUACAUUUUCAGACUUUCCUUAUGUGUAAAUUAUAAAAUUAAUGUCGUCAUCUCGAGCUGCCUCUGCUAUAAAAGAAGUAAUCAACUUCAAAAAUGCUAAGAGGACGUCUUUCCUCCUCAUGAUAAUGAUAUCAAUAUAUCAUGGCUUUUUGAUGACAAAAUCUGGUGGUAAUUUGUGCAAGUCUCUAUUGAGUGAUGGAAGAUCAGGGCCUAGUGGAGAAUUUCGACCCUACAGUUGUAUGAUACAUACUUACUCAUCAAGAGACAGUCAUAAAUGUUUUAAAAGACUUGCGCCUUGGGGUGAUGUGGUUCGACUCUAUUUUGUUGGAGAUUCACGACUGAAAAAGCUAUUUAAUGCUUUUGUUUACCAUAUAAAUGAUGAAGUUGUUAGAGAAAAUACUACAUCAGAAGCAAGCAUUUCAAAUAACUUUCAAUAUGUUGCGGGAGAAGUCGACUUACGAUUUUUCCACCAUGAUGAAAUUACAGAUGAUACACUAGAACUAGUCAAGUCAUGGAUCGGCUCUACAAAUUUAUCCAAUGUUACUGAGUCUAAUAUGCGAAACAAAAAUAGUGACAUUUCUACACCUACUCAUUUGGUAAUCUCUAUGGGCACAAAAACAAUACAACAUUAUAAUAGAUCCGAAGAUGGUCUUUUAGAGUAUAUGAACGGUGUUAAACGUCUUACUAGUGUUUUAGAAGAAUUGAAAUUUGCACGAUGUGUGUGGAUGCUACAAGACCCUGUUGCAGAAAGUCUUUUAUCUAAAGAGUUGAAAAUAAUUACUAAUGAUUUGAUCGAUAAAUAUAAUGAGUUUGCAUCAACAGCUAUGAAAUCUGUUAGUGGUGUAGAAAUAUGGAGUUCAAAUCGUUUAAUUGCUCUUAAAGUUGGUUUUCCGGCUAUAAAUUGGAAUUGUCAUCAGUUACAAAUGUUAUCUACAAGUAAUUCAGAUAAAAUGGCAUCAGCAACAUCUAUAUUAGAUUAUAAAGAGGGUACGGCAAAGAAUAACGUCUGCUUAGAAAUGCCCACACUUUCAGAUGGAUAUCAUGUUUCAGAUAAAGCUAUGAAAGAGAAUGUACAGAUUCUAUUAAAUUUAUAUUGUAAUAAUCAAAUGAAAUUCUCUGACGGUACUUGCUGUCGUGGUUCUGAGCCAAUUACACCUGUACAAGAAAAAUGUUUCAUAUUUUACGCUAUUUGUGUGUUAAGUACUUUACUGUGUUUUCUGUACAAUCAAUUUAUUUCUCGCGGUAAGCCAUGUACACAAGUGAUAAAUUUUCGUAGAAUAUUUUUAUUUUUUCGUAAAACGGCAGAAACGCAACCAUAUAUCCCAGUGGAAAGUGAACCUGGUAAUGAUAAUGAUGAGAAUAAUAAUAACAACAAUACUGAUACAACCAGUUCAUUAUUUGUGGAAUUUUAUGAAUUAACUAGUGCUCUGUCCAAAUUUGGUGCUAUUAUGAUGUAUUUCUUUAUAUGUGACAGAACAAUACUAUUCAUGAAGGCCAAUAAACGUUAUACAAAUUUGAGCUUUUUUCUACCGAUUAUCUAUUGCUUCGUGUUAGGUUUAUUCUUUAGUGGACCAACUAAACGAUCUCAAGUAAAUCAUUUGGAUAUAACACGUGAAUGGAAAGGAUGGAUGCAAUUAUAUCUUCUAAUUUAUCAUUUUACUGAUUCUUAUAGAGUAACUCCGAUUUUCAUGUCAGCUCGUCUUGUUGUAUCGAGUUAUCUGUUUCUAUCAGGAUAUGGACAUUUUUGUUAUUUUUGGCGUAAACCUGUACCACAAAUUAAUUGGCUAAAAUUAUUGAAUUAUCGUCGUUGCUCCAGAGAAUUCUGCAGUGCAUGGAAAGCAUUAUGGCAAAUUUUACAUCGAUAUUUAAUUGUUAUUUAUCGUUUUAAUUUCUUCGUCUUUGGAUUAUGUCUAGUUAUGAAUCGCGGUUAUUUAGCUUAUUAUUUUAUUCCAUUAGUAUCAUUUUGGUUCACUGUUACACUAAUUGUUUGUGUUAUAUUCCCUCGUGUAUCUGGUCAAAAAGUAUCUGAAAAUCAAAAUAAUCGGGAUAAUAUCGAUUGUAAUGAUAACAACAGUAAUCAUAAUAUCAUUAGUAAUCAUAAUAGUAAUAAUGCUCUUUCUACUCAUGCUAACAAUGUUACCAACAUAACUACUACUACUAUUCCUUCUACAACUGCAUCUACAAGUAUCCCAUCCAACGCAACUGCCACUUCUACCGCUACUAAUAACUCCUAUAACUACAAUCGUAACCGUUAUUUCAAUCACCACUACUCUACUACUAACUAUGAGGAAUAUCCACCUAAUCAUCAAUAUAUAGAAUCAGAUGAGGAAGUUUAUUUCCAUCAAGCUCCAAGACGAUCUAGCCUGAACAUGAAUAAAUCAUUCCUGUUACCCACCUCAUCGCCAUCAUCCCUGCUGACAUCAACAGAUACAAUAAUUGGUGAAAUAUCUGGUUAUAUUCCAUGUCCUUCUUCUUCAUCUUCGUGUAAAUUAAUGGCACCAAUCAAUUAUAAUUCACAUAAAGGUCAUUAUAAAGCGUUAUCACUUGGUACAGCAUUUGAUCUUUGUCAAAAUUAUUCUCUUACUACUACUGAUACUGAUAGUUCUGUUCCUUGUAAUCCUCAAUUUCGUCAAGCUAAUCAAAAACUUGUUGGACAUCGAUUACAUCGCUCUGUUGUUAAGUCACGUGGACGUCUUGGUCCACCGUUAACAGAAGAUUUAAUUCGUAAAUUUCAGUGCAUUGUUUUACCAUUAAAAAAGAAGAUAUCACCAGCAACAUCGUCGACACUGAGCGCGACAACAACAAUAACCACGAGUAAAAAGCGAAUGAUAAACAUGAACCAAAAAUCAAAACAUCCAUCGGAUUCUACUACUAAUACUACUAUCAUUACUACUUCUACUACUAAUAAAUGUCGUCGAUAUUUCAAAUCGAUAUGUUUCAUUCAUUGUAGUCGUAUACGAUUGACUUACGUAAUCAUGAUAAUAAAAUUUAUUGGUUUAAUAUGUUUUAUUGAAUCAUUGUAUCGUUCAAGAGGAUUCUUUCAUUGGUUAUUUUUCUCAGGACCACAAAAGUAUAUAUUUCAAUAUCAUCGUGAGUAUACACCAUCAGCGCAGAAAGAUGUUACCAAUAAUGAUGAAAAAAUAUGGUUUUUUCGUUGGUCAAUCGAUCGUUAUUCAGCUGUUUACGGUAUGAUAUUUGCCUUCCUGUGCGAAUCCCUACGACAAAUUGGAGUAUUAGAAGAUACUGUUGAUGAUAAUAGCGGUGAUAAUUAUGCUAUCUCUGGUUAUCUACAAGGCAGUAAACAGUCUGACGAAAUUCGUUAUUCUCGAUUACCACUAAGCAGUAAGAAUUACAAUCUUACUACUAUUGUCGCUACCGAUAAUAAUGAUGGUAAUCAUAGUAGUAAUGUCAAUAAUCACAAAAUUAGUAAUGAUGACAUGGAUACUGAUUAUCAUAAACGACUUCAAAAAACUAAUCAUAAAACAUUCCAUUGUCAGAAUGAUUACAAUGAUGAGUCUUAUGAAUAUUUAAAUCAUUCAACAUCUUAUGAUAUCAAACAUUAUGAUAACAUUUUCGAUUCAACUGUUCAAUAUUCAAAUCAUUUACAAAAACCAAUGAAUAGUACUAACAAUUUAUCAUCGUCGUCAUCAUCCACAUUAUUGAGUCAUUUGAAUGAACAUAAUAAAGAAAUUUCUUAUUUUUCUAUACUUCUAUACAAAUGUUUCUCACCGUUAGGUUUAACCGUAUUAGGUAUAAUUGGUCUAAUGUUUUCUUGCAUAUAUGUAUUUGCCUGUUCGAAUCGAGAAACAUGUUUACAUAUCCACGCGUAUAUGUGUCUCAUUCCUAUUAUAUCAUAUAUUCUGGUGAGAAAUGGUUUCAGUUCAUUACGUAGAAUAUAUAGUAUAUUCUUUGCUUGGAUUGGUGAUAUGUCAUUGGAAUUAUUUAUUGCUCAAUAUCAUAUCUGGUUAUCAGCUGAUGCUUAUGGUAUACUUGUUCUAUUACCAGGUUUUCCAUUGGUCAAUUUAACUUUGACAUCAUUUAUUUUUAUAUGUAUAUGUCAUGAAGUACAUAUUUUAACACGUCGAUUACAAAAUUACAUUAUUCCUAAUUCCCCUUUAAAACUUGUUCGUAAUAUUUUAAUUUUUACAUUAGUAUUUCAUUUAAUCACUAAUUCAACAUCACAAAUGAUUCAAUGGGAUUUUUCUUAAUUAUUUAUUAUUAUUAUUAUUGUAUUUCUAAAAUAAUUCCAUUUUUAUAUACUUUAUUUAAACGUUUUUGAAUUGGUUCAAUUGUAUGUUGUUGUUUUGUUUUGUUUUCCUAGUUUUUCAUGGUGCAUUCAUUCUUUAUAGAUAUAUUAUUUUAUUUGACAUAAACAUUCCAAGAAAAAAAGAAUGUUAUGUGAUAUUAUUUCAUUAACAUUUUUCCUCAUAUGUUUUACUUCAUCUAAUACAAUCUUACAAGUGUACAAAUGUAUAUGUAUGAAUGAAAAGACUGUGGUGAACAACACUUGAGCGAUGCUAGACUAACCUUGAGAGAGUAUCCACUUAAUAACCAGGACCAAAUGAGGGUUAUAAACCCUGUGUGAGGAAUUAUAAUCAUAAUUUACAGUUGAUGAUUAAGCUUAGGAAUUAAAUUUCAAGUUUUCAUCAAUGAACUGACAUCAGCUAUAAUACCAAAACUUUAUUUAUCCAAAUGGAUGAGUGAAUUUCACGCCAUAAAUCCGAGACCUGUUAUCUUAUAUGUGAUUAGUUCGUCCAUAAAUUAUAGUCUCGCCAAGACUGUUUUAAUGUUAGUCGAGUUUUCUUUCUUUUUCUCCUGAUCAAACAGUAUAUUUGAUCUCAGUUUAUAUUAUUACUAAUGUUUAUUAUUAUUAUUAUCAGUAGUAGUAAAUAUCUUGAAGAAAUCACGUCACUUGUUCUUAUGAUAUGUUGCUGAGCAAUCACCAAUGGUAAUUUUAGUACUACAUAUCGAUUUUAAAAAUGAUUUUCUCAUUUCUUUGCCUGUUACUUUCUUUCUAUUUUUCAAAUUACAUAUUACCUUAUGUAACAAUAAAGACCAAGUCAUAAUUGGAUGAAAAUGAAUAUAAAAUCUAUGAUAGAAAAAUGUCACAAGAGCUAAGAUGAUUUUCUUAUUUGUCAUGUAAUUUUUAAAUCUGUACAUUCAUAUUAAUAUUUAUAUCAUAUAGAAAGUAAUGACUUCUAUAAAAUUAUUAUGUAAUAAAGAAAUGGUUACUUGGU